CGAGUCACGUGACGGUGCCAAUAUGGCGGCGCCGUGGCGGCGGCGCGGUGGCGGCCGCUGAGGGAGUCGCGUCUCUUCCGGGUGAUGGGGCCGCAGCGCGGCCGCGGGCUUUGAGCACCGGUCCCGGCGACACCCCCGCCGCCGCGCCAUGCAGCCCCCGUCCCGCGAGCAGGACGCCCGCACCAAGAGCAUGUUCGUGUCGCGGGCCCUGGAGAAGAUCCUGGCGGAGAAGGAGGCGAGGCGGCCCCCGCACGGGCAGCUGCGCAGAGCCUGCCAGGUGGCGCUGGAUGAAAUAAAAGCGGAGCUGGAAAAGCAAAGAGAAGGCACUGCUGCUCCACCAAAAGCUAACUUCAUUGAAGCAGAUAAAUAUUUCCUUCCAUUUGAACUGGCCUGCCAGUCAAAAUCUCCACGCAUUGUCAGUACUUCACUGGAUUGUUUACAGAAACUCAUUGCAUAUGGACAUAUCACUGGCAAUGCUCCAGACAGUGGAGCUCCUGGAAAACGGCUGAUUGACCGAAUAGUUGAAACCAUUUGCAAUUGCUUUCAGGGCCCUCAAACAGAUGAAGGAGUGCAACUGCAAAUAAUUAAGGCUCUCCUCACGGCAGUAACAUCUCCAUAUAUAGAAAUUCAUGAAGGAACAAUUCUUCAGACUGUUAGAACCUGUUACAACAUCUAUCUGGCCAGUAAAAAUCUUAUUAAUCAGACAACUGCCAAAGCUACCCUUACACAGAUGUUAAAUGUAAUUUUUACACGGAUGGAAAAUCAAGCUAUACAGGAAUCCAGAGAAGUAGAAAAAACAAAUCAGCAAAAAUCCCAGUCUCCGGCAAUUCAAGUGGUGUCCAAGUCUCCGAAAAUUAGUCAGUUAAAGCACAGCUAUCAGGAAGGCAAACACACUGUUCCUUUAAGUGUGGAAUUAACAAAUGGUGAGCCUGAGAGGGCAGAAAAUGGCGAUGUUAAGUUGGAGCAGGAUCUGACUCUUUCAGCACCAGAGGAAACAACUGGUGGAGGAAAGGAAAUGGUUGAAGGCAUCUUGGAAGAUGUGGUCAAGUCAGCUGUGAAAGUGGCUGAAGAAAAGCAGAUAACAGUUAAGGCUUCAUCUGCAUUAGAGACUGCAGAUAUUGUUCUUUCUGGCUCUAGUAAUGAAAAUGUACAAACAAACGGGAUUCCAGAUGAUGGGCAAUCUGUUUCCUCCGCUGAUAAUCUGGAAACAGAUGUUUCUGGACAUCAAGCUGCUGCCAAAUUUUCCCAUGUCCUACAAAAGGAUGCCUUCCUUGUGUUCAGAUCGUUGUGCAAGCUCUCAAUGAAACCACUUGGUGAUGGACCGCCAGAUCCCAAAUCCCAUGAAUUGCGUUCUAAGAUAGUGUCUCUCCAGCUUCUUCUCUCAGUACUGCAGAAUGCUGGUCCAGUUUUCAGGACACAUGAAAUGUUCAUCAAUGCAAUCAAGCAAUAUCUUUGUGUGGCAUUAUCUAAAAAUGGAGUCUCUUCUGUUCCUGAUGUAUUUGAACUCUCUCUUGCCAUCUUUCUCACACUGCUUUCAAAUUUUAAAACCCAUCUAAAAAUGCAGAUUGAGGUGUUCUUCAAAGAAAUCUUCCUGAAUAUUCUAGAAACUUCCUCAAGCUCCUUUGAACAUAAAUGGAUGGUGAUUCAGACUUUAACUAGAAUUUGUGCAGAUGCCCAGUGUGUAGUGGAUAUCUAUGUUAACUAUGACUGCGAUUUAAACGCUGCUAAUAUAUUUGAACGACUUGUAAAUGAUUUGUCCAAAAUUGCACAAGGACGAAGUGGGCAUGAGUUGGGAAUGACACCUUUACAGGAACUAAGCCUGAGGAAAAAAGGACUUGAAUGUUUGGUUUCUAUUUUAAAAUGUAUGGUAGAAUGGAGCAAAGACCUCUAUGUGAACCCCAAUCAUCAGGCUAGCUUGGGUUCCUAUAAACCAUCUGAACAGGAAAUGGCUGAAGGUAAAUGCCUUGAGAGUGGAGGGAGACGGAGUAGUGUCAGUUCCUUGGACUCCACUGUGUCAUCAGGAGUUGGAAGUGUUGGAACCCAGACUGCUGUCCCAGAUGACCCUGAGCAAUUUGAAGUCAUCAAGCAACAAAAGGAAAUCAUUGAACAUGGGAUAGAACUGUUUAAUAAAAAACCAAAGAGAGGAAUACAGUAUCUACAGGAGCAGGGAAUGCUUGGCACUACAGCAGAGGACAUUGCACAAUUUUUGCACCAAGAAGAACGUCUCUGUUCUACUCAAGUAGGGGAAUUUCUGGGGGAAAGCAACAAGUUUAACAAGGAAGUGAUGUAUGCCUAUGUAGACCAGCUUGAUUUCUGUGGAAAAGACUUUGUCUCUGCCCUGCGUAUAUUUCUGGAAGGUUUUCGUCUGCCAGGUGAAGCCCAGAAGAUUGAUAGAUUGAUGGAGAAGUUUGCUGCUAGAUAUAUUGAAUGCAACCAACGGCAAACGCUAUUUGCUAGUGCUGACACUGCCUAUGUUUUGGCAUACUCUAUUAUAAUGCUGACUACAGACUUGCACAGUCCACAGGUAAAAAAUAAGAUGACAAAGGAGCAAUACAUUAAAAUGAAUCGAGGAAUCAAUGACAGUAAAGACCUGCCAGUAGAGUAUUUAUCCACAAUCUAUGAAGAAAUAGAAGGAAAGAAAAUUGCAAUGAAAGAAACAAAAGAAUACGCAAUUACAACAAAGUGUAGUAAACCAAGCGUAGCUAAUGAGAAGCAGCGGAGGUUGUUGUACAACUUGGAGAUGGAACAAAUGGCUAAAACAGCUAAAGCCCUCAUGGAAGCAGUAAGCCAUGCAAAGGCUCCUUUUACUAGUGCCACUCAUCUGGAUCAUGUCAGACCCAUGUUCAAACUUGUAUGGACUCCGUUGCUGGCAGCGUACAGUGUUGGCUUGCAGAACUGUGAUGACACAGAAGUUGCAUCCCUGUGUUUGGAAGGAAUACGAUGUGCAAUUAGAAUAGCCUGUAUCUUUGGAAUGCAGCUUGAACGAGAUGCUUACGUACAGGCUCUUGCUCGUUUUUCCUUGUUGACUGCCAGUUCCAGUAUUACAGAAAUGAAACAGAAGAAUAUAGAUACCAUUAAGACACUUAUUACAGUUGCUCACACAGAUGGCAACUAUCUUGGGAACUCUUGGCACGAGAUCUUGAAAUGUAUUAGCCAGCUGGAACUAGCACAACUUAUAGGAACUGGAGUGAAAACUCGGUAUUUAUCUGGCUCUGGGCGUGAAAGGGAAGGAAGCAUUAAAGGCUAUGCAUCUGGAGGGGAAGAGUUUAUGGGCCUAGGAUUAGGUAACCUUGUGGGAAGUGGAGCUGAUAAACGACAUAUGGCAAGCAUUCAAGAGUCUGUGGGAGAGACCAGUUCACAGAGUGUAGUGGUAGCAGUAGACAGGAUAUUUACAGGAUCAACGAGGCUGGAUGGAAAUGCGAUAGUUGACUUUGUCCGAUGGCUGUGUGCUGUUUCCAUGGAUGAGCUGGCUUCCCCACACCAUCCACGCAUGUUCAGCCUGCAGAAGAUAGUGGAGAUAUCAUAUUACAACAUGAAUCGCAUUAGACUGCAGUGGUCAAGGAUUUGGCAUGUGAUUGGAGAUCACUUCAAUAAGGUUGGAUGUAACCCUAAUGAGGAUGUUGCCAUCUUUGCAGUAGACUCAUUAAGGCAGCUGUCAAUGAAAUUUCUUGAGAAGGGAGAGUUAGCCAACUUCCGCUUCCAGAAAGACUUCCUAAGACCUUUUGAGCAUAUUAUGAAGAAAAACAGAUCUCCAACUAUUCGGGACAUGGUAAUACGCUGUAUUGCUCAGAUGGUGAACUCUCAAGCUGGUAAUAUUCGAUCAGGCUGGAAAAACAUCUUUGCAGUCUUUCAUCAAGCAGCGUCCGACCAUGAUGGGAAUAUUGUGGAGCUGGCCUUUCAAACUACAGCACACAUAGUUACAAAUAUUUUUCAGCAGCACUUUCCAGCAGCAAUUGACUCAUUUCAGGAUGCGGUAAAGUGUCUUUCUGAGUUUGCCUGUAAUGUUGCAUUUCCGGACACCAGCAUGGAAGCUAUUAGACUUAUUCGGUAUUGUGCAAAAUAUGUUUCAGAAAGACCACAGGUAUUAAGAGAAUACACGAGUGAUGACAUGAAUGUUGCUCCUGGAGACAGAGUAUGGGUUAGAGGGUGGUUUCCCAUUUUAUUUGAACUUUCUUGUAUCAUCAAUCGUUGCAAAUUAGAUGUUCGAACAAGAGGCUUAACAGUGAUGUUUGAAAUAAUGAAGAGUUAUGGCCAUACUUUUGAAAAGCACUGGUGGCAAGAUCUAUUCAGAAUUGUGUUUCGGAUUUUUGAUAAUAUGAAACUCCCUGAACAACAAACGGAGAAAUCUGAAUGGAUGACCACCACAUGCAACCAUGCACUUUAUGCAAUAUGUGAUGUAUUCACGCAAUUUUAUGAAGCUUUAAAUGAGAUCCUUCUUCCUGACAUACUUGCACAGUUACACUGGUGUGUAAAACAAGAUAAUGAGCAGUUGGCUCGAUCAGGUACAAACUGCCUCGAAAACCUGGUAAUACUAAAUGGACAGAAUUUCAGCCCUGAAGUCUGGGGCCAGACAUGCAAUUGUAUGCUAGAAAUCUUCAAAACCACUAUUCCUCAUGUCUUGCUGACAUGGAGGCCUGCAGGAAUGGAGGAAGAUUCAGCUGAAAAACACUUGGAUUUAGACCUAGAUCACCAGUCUUUGAGCAGCAUGGAUAAAAAUGCUUCCGAAAGAGGACAAAGUCAGUUUUCAAAUCCAACAGAUGAGAGCUGGAAAGGUGGUCCUUAUACAAACCAGAAACUAUUUGCUGGCCUCCUUAUAAAGUGUGUGGUACAGCUGGAAUUGAUACAGACCAUUGAUAAUAUAGUGUUCUAUCCAGCAACAAGCAAGAAGGAAGAUGCUGAGCACAUGGCUGCAGCUCAGCGAGAUGCAUUGGAUGCAGAUAUCCACAUUGACACAGAAGACCAAGGAAUGUAUAAAUAUAUGUCUUCACAUCACCUCUUUAAGUUGCUAGAUUGUCUGCAAGAGUCUCAUUCAUUUUCAAAAUCCUUUAAUUCAAAUUAUGAACAGCGAACUGUGUUAUGGAGAGCAGGGUUCAAGGGUAAAUCAAAACCGAACCUCUUGAAACAAGAGACCAGCAGCUUGGCUUGUUGCUUGAGAAUACUCUUUCGAAUGUAUGUGGAUGAAAACCGCCGAGACUCCUGGGAUGCUAUACAGCAACGGCUGCUUAGUGUAUGCAGUGAAGCCCUGGCAUAUUUUAUUACUGUGAACUCAGAAAGCCACAGAGAAGCUUGGACCAAUCUCCUUCUGUUGCUUUUAACAAAAACACUAAAAAUCAGUGAUGAAAAGUUUAAGGCACAUGCUUCAACAUAUUAUCCGUACUUGUGUGAAAUCAUGCAGUUUGACCUGAUUCCUGAGCUUCGAGCUGUGCUGCGGAAGUUCUUCCUGCGUAUAGGUGUUGUGUUCAAAAUCUGCAUAACAGAGGAGCACAUACGGACGACUGGGAUGAACCUGCCGUCAUGGUAGCCCUCAGUAGUGUUGGUUACUUUGACUUGUACAUAAAGUUGUGUUCCAGAGAUGGAUUAAAGUGGAUGGGAAAAAAUGGGACCCUGAUGUAUCAACACAGCAGCAAGAUACUCUUAACACAAUUAGGGGGGGAGGAGGGGAAAAAAACAAAACAAAACAAAACCGUUCUGUCCAUCCUACAAAACUAUCAGCAGUUUUAUUUAAAUUAUUGCUUACAGUUAAUACAGUAGAUGUAAAGUCUCUUUGUUUCAAUGCUAGUCAUCCUUAUGAUCAAGUCUGUCUCUUCUAGUCUUCUAUCAGUUGUUCAGUCCUGAAUCCCAGCUAAAUAUGAUAAAUCAGCUGGAUGCCUCAAUAGAAAUUAUGCCCCUUGGGAAUAAUGAAUGUAGUUGUAUAGCCUUGUGAUGUUAGCACAUGUGUUCAUAAUAAACUAUACUGCAGUGGCUAAUGACCACUUAAGAUCAUUCUGGGUUUUUCUUUGUGUGUACAUGACUAGACCAGGCAGUGUGUUACGGUUUUUGAAGUGGACAGCCUGUAGGAUAUUUGGGGACAGAGUUUUCCUCCUGUUUAGCAAGUCACUUCAAUUUUUUUUUUUUUUAAUACAGAUUCUAUAUUAUCUGAGACUCAUUUUUUGUUUUUAUGGAAGUUUUUACACCAGGAGCACACAACAGCAUCUGUUCUACUUAGCUUGCUAGUCUUGAGUUAAAUGCCUUUAAAAAAUCCCCAAACAAAACCAAAACCUAUUAAACUUUCCAUUUACUUUCAUAUGUCGCCAGAUCAUGGACAGAGCAUAUACAGUAAUAUUAAGAACAAGGUCCAGAACAAAUAAACCCAUCAUUUUCACCUUUGAGUACAAUGUAUUAAUAGUAAUUGUGUCCGUUUAGCAAGAAGUCCUGUCCUUAUAUGUAAGGCGUUUUGUCUCUUUUUACGGCAAAUCUGCAACUUCUGAUGUCUUUUUGUGCAAAUGAUUUUUAUUCUCAACUGUUAGUUCAUAUUGUGAUCUAAAAAAAAAAAAAAAAAAUUGAGUUCCUUAAAACUGCUGUAGCAAAAUUGAACAAGUUAUUUUAUAUACUGCAAGAGUUAUCAACACAUUUCUUUGCUUUUGGAGAUACCUGAAGCAAACAUGAGUUAGCACUGCAGUUUUUCUUGCCCUAGAUUUUUUUUUUCUUUGAAAUGUAUCAGUUUUCUGUGACCACUGUUUCCAUGAUAGAAUACCAGUUUACAGUUGAAGUACUGCAGACUGAGGUCUGUCCUUCAAAAUAAUUUUUAUUUCAAGUUUUAAGACUUGUCUAAACUUGGAAGAGAGUGGCAGGAUGGGAGGAGAAGUUCCACUUCCUAAAAUAAUGUAAACAAAGGUGUUAUAUUAACUGCUGUGCUAUCCAUAUUAGCAAGCCUAAAGUAUAACAGUAGUUAAAAACCAAAACCAAACAACAAAAUGAAAAACAAACCCAAACAACCUACCUGGAUGGUAUUAAGUGUUUAACGUGUUAUUUUGCUUUUUAAGUUGAGUUUUCUGGUAGAGUGGCCUUAGUUGAAGUUGUCUUGGGAUAUUUCACUCAGAGGUGUUGGGAUUCAUCUUUUUUUUGUGUUCUGGUUUUAUUUUGGGGGGUGAGAGGGAGUGUUGGUGUUUGUUUUGUUGGUUCCCCCCCCCGGGUGUUUUUUUUGUGGUUUUAUUUUCAUUUUUUUGUCCCCAUUUGUUUUUUGACUUGUUCUUCUGUGAGCUAUUUCCAAAGGGUUCAUAUGGUGCUCUUCAGUAAAUCAGCUUGUUCUACAUAAGCAUUGUUUGGGAAUGGUUUUGCAGUCAAUAGUAGUGCUAAGGCUUUCACAUUUUUAUUUUUACUUUUUAUUUUCAACCAAAGAAAAUUAAAUGGUGGUUGUGGCUCUAACUUUUAAGCACCCAUUAGAUUAAAACUGUACACCAGUAUUUAGUAGAAGGGAAUAUAUGGCUAUAUUUUACAAUAGGACAAGACUGAAAAAUAAGCAAUGCUGAUACUUUCUGCAUUUCAAAUGUCCUUUUCUGUUGCAUUUACUGUACUUGCUUAUUCCCUGGUGAUGUCACUUCAUCAAAUAAAGUAAAAAAUAAGUAUUUAUUUUAAUUCUAUUUAAAUCUGUAAGAAUAGGCUAUUCCUUUUCUUCCGGUUCUAGGUAGUUGUGAAGAAAAUAUUUUAAACUUUAUUUUUCAGAUUUUGAAUGUGUCACUGUGUGACAAUGUAUACCCUUAUCUCCUAUCAAAACACAAACCUUCUAAAGUUGCAUGCUUUUUCUGUAACUUACAGUUUUGAAAGCCUUGCAACUCAUGUCCUGAAGCAAGUCUUCUAAUUUUCAGAUCUUAAAUUACAGUUGCAUUGUGGGCUUUCUUUACUGUAAUGUGCAACAUUUGUACUAUCUCUGCAUAUAGAAUUAAGGGCCUUUUAAUCAAUCCUUUCCUUCAGCCUUAGUUCUGAGACUGUUCAUUUACCUAAGUAAGGCUUUCAUUGUAUUUAUGCCAUUAUUGAACUGUUGAAAUUAGGUAUGUAACAUCGAAACAUCCUAGACUGAAGUGCAUGAAAGAGAAGGGGGGACUGAAAUGCAAUUGGAUUAUAACAGCCUUAAGUCUGUCCAUUUUCUGGAAUUGAUUGUACAUGUUAAAGCAAUAACAAUGGUAUGUUAAGCGUAAUACCCGAAACAGUUGUAUUCACAUCAGCUGUUUGGUUUCCCUUAUACAGUCAGAAAGAUCAUAACGCAUAGGCAUCUUAAUGAAUCUAAAAAAGCUGAGCCAAAAGUCCUGCAGUAGUCACUGCUGGUUCCGAUCUUGUCCUGACUGCUGACAACAGAUUUUACCUGCCUGUAGUGGUUUUACUGGCUUUAGUGGAUCUGUGAAUGACAGCAGCGUUCUGUGUCAGCAUAUCCUGGUAGAGAUUGAGACAUCUGUGCAAUACAUGGAGUAAUAAAAAGUAACUUCUUAGACUUUUAAAGUAGUGUUAUGCAACAAAUUAAACUAUAAACUGAUUUACCUAUAAUGGUAUAAAUAUGGAGACUGCAUGAGAUUCCUUAUUACUUCUUAUUUUGGAAACCUCUAGGAAAUAGGCAGAGGGGAGGAUGCUAAUGAGGAAAACCCUAAAAACUCCAUGUUGAUUCUAUUGUGUCUUACAGUA